GCCAAAACAGUAAAAACUGUAGCCAUGACCAUGGGAAAGAUUAUCUUCUAUGAGGACAGGAACUUCCAGGGUCGUUCCUAUGAGACAAGCAGUGACUGUGCUGAUACGUCCUCCUUCCUGAGCCGGUGUCACUCCUGCAGGGUGGAGAGCGGCUGCUUCAUGGUCUAUGACCGAACUAACUUCACUGGAAACCAGUUCUUCGUCCGCAGAGGAGAGUACUCUGACUAUCAGCGUAUGGGAAUGAGUGAUUGUAUCAAGUCCUGCCGCAUGAUCCCCAUGCACAGAGGUCAGUUCAGAAUGAGGAUCUACGAGAGGGAGAACUUUGGUGGUCAGAUGCAUGAGCUGAUGGACGACUGUGAAAACAUGCAGGAUCGUUACCGUAUGUCCGACUGUCAGUCCUGCAAUGUGAUGGAUGGCCAUUGGCUGCUGUAUGAGCAGCCCCACUUCAGAGGCCGGAUGGGGUACCUGAGACCUGGAGAGUACAGGAACCUCAGGGACCAGGGCAUUAACCUCUCAAGGAUCAUGAGCCUGAAGCGUAUCAUGGAUUCCUGUCACUAG